AUGAAGUGGCUUUUGUUGAUCACCCACCUGUCUGUGGCCUUGGCCGAAGCUAGUCGGAAGAAGCCCCUUGUUUCACCGGAUGAUUUUCCCUCUACGAUUCGGUUGAAAGACCUUCUGAAGGGGACCCAACAGCUUGAGGAUUUCGCUUACGCGUACCCCGAGCGUAAUCGUGUCUUUGGCAGUGCAGCACACAACGAUACUGUUGACUUCCUCUAUCGCGAGUUGAAGAAGACCGGCUAUUAUAAUGUGUGGAAGCAGCCACAGGUGCACACAUGGACUACUGCAAAUACUACACUGACCUUCGAUGGCGAGUCCAUCAAAGCGUCCGCCAUGACAUACAGUCCCAGCGCAGAUGUUACUGCAGAGCUGGCAGUGGUCUCCAACCUCGGAUGUAGUGCAUCGGACUACCCGAGUGAUGUGGCUGGUGGAAUCGCCCUGAUCAAGCGUGGAGAAUGUACUUUCGGACAAAAGUCAGUGUUGGCUGCUGCGGCCAAGGCAGCUGCUGUACUUGUCUACAACAAUGAGGCAGGGUCUGUUAGUGGAACGCUGGGUGGAGUAACCAAUGAACUUGGCCCUUAUUCCGCCAUUGCAGGAAUCUCUGAUGUCGAUGGCAAGGCUCUGCUCAGUGCGGCAGCGGAGGGCGCCGUUACUUUGGCUCUUUCGAUAGACAGCAGAAUCGAGAAUCGCACUACAUUCAAUGUGAUUGCAGAGACAAAAGGCGGUGAUCACAAUAACGUCGUCUCACUGGGAGGUCACACCGACUCAGUCGAUGCCGGCCCGGGUAUCAACGAUGAUGGCUCUGGAAUCAUCAGCAACCUCGUGGUAGCAAAAGCGUUGACGCGAUACUCUGUCAAGAAUGCCGUGCGAUUCUUCUUCUGGACAGCAGAGGAGUUCGGCCUCUUGGGUAGCGAGUACUACACAUCGCACUUGGACGCUGAGGAACUGGCGAAAAUCAGACUUUACCUCAACUUCGAUAUGAUUGCCUCGCCCAACUACGCCCUCAUGAUCUACGAUGGUGACGGAGAUGCCUUCAACCAGACUGGGCCAGCGGGUUCUGCCCAGAUUGAGGCAUUGUUCGAGAACUAUUUCAAAUCCAAGAAGCUCUCGUACAUCCCAACCGAGUUCGAUGGCCGAUCCGACUACGACGGUUUCAUCUCUCGUGGAAUCCCUGCCGGUGGACUUUUCACUGGUGCUGAAGGCCUCAAGACCGAAGCACAGGCAAAACUGUUCGGAGGCCAAGCAAAUGUAUCCUACGAUGUGAAUUAUCAUGCUGCCGGUGAUGACUUCAAGAAUCUCAAUCACGAGGCAUUCCUGAUUAACUCGAAGGCUACGGCUUUCGCUGUUGCCAAAUACGCCAAUAGCCUUGCUUCGAUCCCCCGACGGAAUGCAACAUCCACCAAGCGAGUGGUCAAGAAAAGAGCACCCCGGUCGCAUGCGCACACUAAGAAGACCGGAUGUUUCCAUUCUCUGGUCGAAAUCUAA